AUGACUCAACUCGAUGCGAAAGGGCCUACCACUCCCGCGGAGAGUACCAACCACGAAGAAUAUGUUGAACUUGCCAACCACGUGCUUCACGCUGAUCUUACCUAUGACAAGGAAGGCAUUGGAGGGAUCCUGCGGUCGCCCUUCGUCUUUGGCGCCGCCUUGCUGGCUUCAUUUGGCGGAUUCUCGUUCGGUUAUGGUGAGAUCCCUGACCAACUGGCUACCAGAGAGAAACAAGCCCUGACACAGUAUACAGACCAGGGCGUGAUCUCCUUGAUCCUGGUGAUGCCGCAAUUCCACGAGCAAUUCCCCAAGAUUGCUCCUGGCGCGGCUCACUAUGGCUUCAAUGUUGGCGUUAUGACAGGUCUGCUCGAACUCGGUGCCUUCAUUGGAUGUCUCUGUCUACCGUAUCUGGCGGAUCGCUUGUCGCGGAAAUGGGGCUUGACGGUUGCGACAUGUUUCUUCUGCAUCGGGGCUGUCAUACAGACUGCUUCUUCCAACUACGGUACCCUGGUUGCUGGCCGCUUCAUUGGGGGCAUUGGCGUUGGAACUCUGGCUAUGGGCGCUCCUCUCUACAUUUCCGAAAUUGCACCCCCAAAUAUCAGAGGGUCUCUACUGGUGCUCGAGGCCAUCAGCAUUGUCAUUGGGGCUAUAAUUGCCUAUUGGAUCACCUAUGGGACCAGGCAAGACAGCCCCCUCGAUGCUCCGUUGUCGAUUACUUCCUAA